AUUUAAGCAUUCCCUCAAGAGGCUGCAGGGCUUGACUCCCAAAGGCUGGCAAAGACACUGAUGUAAAAUGCUGAGCAAGGGUGAAAUAGGGUGUUGGAGCCUGAUGCUGCCCCUGCUAGCUCUUCAUCUGUACAACCUCUAACUUAGUGACCCGUGUUGAACCAGAACUGCAGACUCACAGCACAAAGGCCCCUGCUCUACUCAGAUGCUUUGCCUGGCCACAGGAGAGGAAGAAAGGUGUGAGCAGAGGCAGAAGCUCCCUGUGCCUGCAGGAGGACUUCCCUGAGAGUCCUACCACUCAGCACCUCUCCCUCCCUGAGGGAAGAGGAAAGCCUUACGUCAAGCCACAGAAAUGCUUUUCAGCCCUACCCAAACCCUUGGAACAGUUCCCAGGCAACAUCCAAGGACACUUGUGCAGCCCACUAGCUGCUUCCAGGAGCUGAGAAUAUCUCAAGGUGCCUUUCAAGCACAGGGAGCAGCACAGGAAGCCUACUCAGGAGCCGACAUGCAGCAGAAGAUCAGCUCUUUCUUUAAUUCCAUCUUGGAGCUCGUCCGUACCAAGCACGAGGAGGGCAUCUUCAACACCGUCUGCCUGGCCGUGUUGUUGGGUCUACCCCUUGUUGUCCUCAUYGCCUUCAUUUUCAUCUGUUGCCACUGCUGCUUCUGCAGACGGAGGACAGAAAGCACAAGGAAAGGUGGCUCCAGCAGCAAUGGGCAGCUGCAUGCCGAGAGGAACAAGAAGAAAAAGAAGAAGAAGAAGCAGGAUGAAGAGGACCUGUGGAUCUCAGCUCAGCCCAAGCUGCUCUUGCUGGACAAGAGACCCUCCUUGCCCAUCUARUGGACAGAAGGGCUUUCAGGUCCCCUCCUCUGAGAUGCCACCACUCCUUUCACCUGUGCACCAGGAGGGGCAAGGAGAUGCCAAAGCUGCUGCCACUUUAUGGUGACUUUCAACAGAGGCUGACGCAGCAUGUUGAAGGGCCAACACAAAACAAGGCAGUCAGGCAACAGGUUGUGCAAGCCUCUUCUCUCCCACCAUGACAGCAUGCCCUGGGGCAGAGACCCCUGCAAAGAACAGGUGAGCACACAAGGAUGACCUGCCAACGGGUCCUAUGUACCUCCUGCCACGAGCACAGCGCACACGAACCGGGCUGGCACACAGUGAGCAGCGUGUGAGGCUCUCCCUCUGCACUCAUCUGCAAGCAUGCACGCUGGGGCAGAGAUAAGGGUGCAGAGGAUAACAUUCACAGCCACCUGCACACKCCCCCUGCACAACACAGCUGUGAGCAAAGCAGGCACAGGCACWCCUCGUUUGCUUGCCCUGCCGUGGAGAUGGUGCUUUGGAGACACAAAGAAAGCUGAGUUACCCCACAGCUCAAAGAUGUGCCAUCUUCCAGGCCACCAAACCAAAGUCACUCACAAGCACCUGAAGCCAGAUGCCUCAGCCCAGCCUUAGAGAUCGCAGACACCAUCCUAAGGCAGCACAGCAGAAGGAUGCUUUUCCACUUAGGCUAGAGGCAGGAAGGAGAGAGGAGGCUGGCAGAUUAGCCCUUUUGCACCAGCACUUAAGAAAAUCCCUUCCUUGAAAGACUCUUUUAUACAAACUUGAUUUUAAAGAGCCCACCAUGCUACUGCAAGAGCAGAAACACAACCUGAGGCUGUGUAAAAGCUUUGCUAUGGGCAUUAGACUUAUUUAUUGAAUGACUACUAAAGAAGAGCAGGACCAAAGGCCCCUCUGGAUGGGGCCAGGCACAUCAAAAGCGGUAUUGAAGCAGCAAACAGUUUSCCGGUACAGUCAGCCAUCACCUUUUCCUGCUGCCCUUCUGCCAUGUGUCAGACACACACAGACCCACAAGCACGUGCUGCCCCAGCUGAUGCCACAUGGGCAGCUCURUGUGCUCCACUGAAGGCUUCUGUAUGGCUGUCAGGCUGACCAGCUCUUGGAUUUUAAAUGUGCUGUAGAACCAAAGUAAAUUCUAUGUCCACAGUCACCCGUUACAAAGGAAUAUAUUACACAGCCAGACUAUGCACCUCUCUCCAUCCUCACAUUCCUUGGAAAGAUGGCUAACCUGGGCACAGCAGCUAACAGGACCACACACAGCUCUGGUUUCCCCCUCCACCCCGCCUUAGUUUGUGUUCCCAUCCUGUGUCCCUUGUGCUGGAAGUCUGCUCUGCUCUCCACUCUCUGACCCACCGGACUCUGUCUCCACCAUCACUUUUCAUUGAGGGAUGCAUGUGUGUGAUAAAAAGCCUCUUCACAUCAGGUUUUUGCCYUGUCYGUACACUGGAYGUCUUCCUUCCAUUUUCUUCCAGUYCUUAACUUGCYRGAGCAGACCAGAGUUGCCAGCCAGAGCUGUUACCAAAGCCAGACAUCUGGGAACAAGCAGCCAAACCCACACAGGCAAGCCUGGACUGAGCUGCUGGGCACAGCUUCUUCCAGCCCAGGCAAGGGUGGUGCCACCUUCCCCUGACUUGAAGGACAAAGCCACUGGUUGGAAGUGGCUGCUUGUGCCACCCGGUUCCAACACAGCCUGUUUUGUCUGAUGCAGGCUGUGAUGGUCACAUCRUGUCACGGGGUUUGGCUGCAUGCAGCUGUGCUGGGAACAGCCAGGAAGCUGGGCUCCUCUUCACAUAGCACUUUAAAUUGACCCCGUACAUGCCAAAGCUUGCUUUGUCACACUGAAAUUAGUGACUCCCUUCUCCAAAACAGGAAGCAACAUAUAUUGGUAUAAAAAUGAAGGUUCUGCCACGUGUAGUGCUAGCAAGUGCAGCAAUAGCUCUGGUGUCUGACCCAAGCUUCCAGUCCAGCCAGGAUCCUGGACAGCUAGCACUGCCUUUUGUAUUAUUCUUCUUCCUUCCCUCCUUUCCCCCAUCCAGGUACUUUUCUUUUCUGUCUGCACACUCACCAGGUGGCCCAUGCAGCCCAUGCAGGUGGUGCUGCUGUGAUCCAGAAACAUGAGUGCCCUGGAAGCAGGGUGGUGCUGCCCAGAGGAACAAAAAAAAUAAUCAGAGUAAAGGGUAACACGAUGGGAGAACAGAGGUUUACCAAAACUAGCAGGAGCACAGAGGCAGCAAGCACCAUCAGAGUACAAUCUACCCAGUGUGGAAGUGCCAGGCUUUGCAGGGUUGCUGCAGCGAGGCUUUUUUCCAGAAAGCAUAGCAAGCAACUCUUCAGGUGAGGGCAACCAAUCUCAACAAGAACCAGAAAACUGCCAGGAAAAUGUGAGCACUGUAUCACACAACAUCUCCAGAUUCAGGCUCUGGGGAGUUCAAAGUUAGGUUUGAAUUUCAAAAGCUCCUCAAAAUCAUCAUUCAAAUCACUCCUGGGCUGUGCAGGRAGAGAGACSAGGA